AAGAGGUGGUCGAAGAAAUUUGUCGAUAUUGCAGUAAAGAUGACCGUGGACACAUUUCUUGACUGCUUCACGAUGGGGCCGAAGCGGUCAUCCAGCGAACAAGUCAGGUGCGAGCACAGCCGGUUCGAAGAAGAAAGCGUCAUGGCGCUCGAGGCACGCGCUGCCACAGCAACGCGCACGGUCCGCCCCGGUGUUCGCCCGUCGUGUCGAGAGACCACGACGGCCCUGACGCCAGCCUGGAGCCGUCUGCGAAAGGGCCCGAGCCACGGGGCCUGGCCCCCCGGCCGAUGCCGGCGGCCCUGCCGCUGCAGGCGGUGGCGGCGGCCGCCGGCCGCGUGGGCCCCAGCCGGGGCCUGCGCGUCGCCAUGUUCGGCGUGAUGACCUUCAUGCUGAUCGCCGUCAUCUCGGUCAUCGUGGUCACGCUCUUCGCCGUGGUCUUCCUCUCGCGCAAGUCGCAGGACGUCGUCAUGCGCCGCCUGCACCCCGAUCGGUCGCCGCGCGCCAUGCUGCCCUUCCAGCUGCCGCCCCAGCACCAGAUUCGAGUCGAAGAGCGCAUGGUGAGCCGCCGCAGGCCCGUGUUCGGCCGGCAGCAGAAGAAGAAAAGCGGCCGCCGGCCGGUCGCCAAGUCGGCCCGCAGCCGGGCCAACAACUUCGUCGCCAGGAUUCACCGGCGGCUCGGCCGCAAGCCCUUCUUCAAGCGUCAGAAGCAUCGGCCCCGGAAGGCCAAGGCGAGGCCCAAGGCUCACCACUCUUCCGACGACUAGGUCAGACAAACCCUGCUUCCUUCCAUCCGCUUGAGAAACGGCCAGACCUGGGACUUGAGAGAGCUAGCUUUGACACCGCGCUGACCACCGUGUGGCCCCGGGCAAAAGGUGCGGCGGCGUUUCCAGCAGAAAGACUGACUGACUCCCGCCCAAAACAUGUGCAGGAAGGCACACCCCUCCACUUGACAUCUGGUGGUGGCUGACCACUAUCGCGCUGAGGGCAUCAAUAAACGCCUUUUGC